AUGACCGAGGACAAAAAACCUCAAGUGCCAUCCCAGCUGGAGGGGGAGACCCAUGACGAUGUGUUUGGUGAAAUCAGAGAAGACGGACCCAACUUCCGCAACGUCGGCUUCUGGGGAACCGUCAUCCUCAUGAUGAAGACGCAGAUCGGGCUCGGGGUGCUCGCAAUUCCAUCCGCUUUGGAUGUGCUGGGGAUGGUGCCCGGGAUCAUCUGCAUGAUCGUCAUUGGCGCCAUUACGACCUGGUCGGGCUAUAUCGUGGGUGAGUUCAAAAUGAAGCAUCGCGAAACGUACAGUAUCGACGAUGCCGGGUCCAUCAUGUUUGGCGUGGCUGGGCGCCUCUUCCUGUCUGCCGCGUUCUGUCUCUAUUAUAUCUUCAACAGUGGCUCGGCCAUUCUGAGUCUCUCCAUCGGCUUGAACGCCGUCUCCUCCCAUGCCACCUGCACCGCCGUCUUUGUUUCCGUCGCCGCCAUCGUCGGAUUUGCCCUCAGCAGUAUCCGGACCUUGGGGCGCAUUACAUGGCUUGCUUGCCUGGGUUGGUUUGCCGUGUAUUCUUUCCGCUGGUAUUCAAACCUCCCCUCUGCGUUGAACUCAUUCCUUGAUACUGAUCCGGUAGUCAUCAUGGUCACAAUCGCCGUCGGCCUGGAGGAUCGACCGGCGGCUGCACCAGCUUCCGACAGCCCUUGGGUCUCCGACUGGAAAGUGGUCGGAGAUUCUGGCUUUGCAGAGACGAUUGCAGCCGUUUCCAAUCUCUUGUUUGCGUUUUCCGGAACCCCUGGCUUCUUUUCGAUUGUGUCCGAGAUGCGCAACCCCAGACAGUAUGGCGCCGCCGUGAUCACUUGUCAAGCCGGCGUCACACUCGUGUACACAAUUGUCGGCUGUGUGAUGUACUAUUACUGCGGAUCCUAUGUCUCCUCGCCGGCUCUGGGCUCGGCCGGUGGUGUCAUUGAGAUCGUCAGCUAUGGCUUCGCGUUGCCUGGGCUUUUUGUCACCAUGACGAUCGUUACUCAUAUCCCUGCAAAGUUCAUCUUCAUCCAUCUCCUUCGAGGCUCUCGCCAUCUCACCAGCAACACUCCAACUCAUUGGAUAACCUGGUUCAGCUGUACGUUUGGCAUCACCGUCGUUGCCUGGAUCAUUGCCAGCACCAUCCCCGUCUUUGAUGAUCUGGUGUCUCUUAUUGGCGCCCUGCUGGGCCCCGUCAUGUGUAUGCAACCCAUGGGGGCGAUGUGGCUAUAUGAUAAUUGGGGCAACGCCGACAGACGAACGGCAUCUCAACCUCGAUGGUUCCUCAUGGUGGCCUGGUGCAGUCUCAUCAUUGUCCUUGGAUUCUUCCUCAUGGUUGCCGGCACUUAUGGCUCGGUCAUGAGCAUUGUCCAGUCGUACAGCAGCAGUGGAGGGUCUGCUGCUUUUUCCUGUGCAAAUAACUCCAGCUAG